AUGGACCUGAAGUGGAAUUCUGGCAGAGUUUCUCGUCCAGCCUCAGCUGCGGUCCGGGUGACUGAUUUGAGUUGGCAAGGCAACCUAAAUCCCAGUCCACUGAUUAAAGAUGAUGGAGAGCUACUUAUGGAUGAAUACCUUUCCCCCAGGAAACUGAAAGUUUUGACAGGAGUAGAUGAUCUGCGACAAGUGAAGGCCCUAGAGAUGCGAGUAGAUACAAGAGAGAUCAGCUUGGGAAACUUUGGUGCCUAUCUACCUAAUCUGAGGGAACUGAAGUUGAACAAUAGCUUGCUUGUGUCUGUGAGGGAUCUUGGAACCACAUUGUCCCAUCUCCAUGUCCUGUGGAUGGCUCGCUGUGGGCUCUCAGAUUUAGAUGGGAUCUCUUCCUGCAGCUCUCUAAAAGAACUCUACAUAGCCUAUAACAGUAUCUCAGACCUGAGCCAGCUCACCUGGUUGGUUCACCUUGAGGUUUUGGACCUGGAAGGGAACAAUAUUGAGGACAUCAACCAGAUGCAGUACUUGGGACUUUGUUGCAAGCUGAGCCGCCUGACAGUGAAGGGCAACCUUAUUUGUCUGAAGCCAAAUGCAGAAUCUGCAGAGGAAACAGAUUAUAAUUACAGAGCUGAAGUGAAAAAAAUCAUUCCCCACUUGGACUAUUUGGACGAAAUACCAGCAAGCCAAACUGCUCUCCUUCCUUCAAAGAAGAUGCAUCAGGAUUGUCUAAUCAUCAAGGAAUCCAUCAAGGAAGGUGGUUUAGUUGGAGACAUUUUAUGGUUAGAUCCAUAUCUUGGGGCAGUAGCAAGGCAGUCUGGAUGUUGCCCAAGACCCCUGACAAAUUCCAGACCUGGAACUGCGCAGUGGUCUGCUAAAGCAGGGACAUGCAUCAAUGCCCGCCUGUUGAACAGUGGCUGUCCUCUUCCAGAUCCCACUGUUUCUGAUGUGCUGUUCCCAGAAGAUGACUCCAGUGAUUUGACACAUGGACUCGGUCAAGUUAUGUGUGGGAACCCCACCAAGGCCCUCCGUGCAAGAAGGCAAAAGCUAGGUCCACCUGCAGUGAGCCCUUUGAAGCUCUGCAGUCUGAGGACAGAAAACUUUUACAGCUCUGGAGGAGGAGGAGAUCUGCACCAGGAAGAUGUGUUCUCUGAACUGAGUGUACAGAGAGAGCAGCACAAGCGGUGCCUGCAAACAGGUCAGCAAGAAGAAGCUGCACAAGCACUGAAGGUGACUCUUAGUGAUGAAGGAGAGGGUGAAGACUGCAGCCUGACUGGCAGCUGUGAAGAUGAGUUGAGGGAGACCUGUGAUGAGGACCUCAUUGAAAGGAUUUCUCUUGAUUCUUCUUGCCCCUCCUGUCUGUCCCAGUCUUCCUCAGGUUCAUCACAGGCUCAGGAAGGAGCAGUGUUCUCCAACUCAAACUGUUGUCUAAUUCCAUCCCCUCCAAAAAACGCUUCACCUGCAGCUGUAAAGGGUGUUGCAGCAAGACUCUGGAAAAUGAGGAACCGCAGAAUAAGACACCUAAAAAUGCCCAGCCAAGAGGAGGACAGGCAGUGGACAGAGCGGUGCCAGUCAAGGGUUCAUCAAGAAACUUCGGCCCAGCCUCUGGGCAAGGAACUUGCUCUCCUGAACCAGCACAACGUGCCGACUGCCUCCAGAUCCCAAGGGCAGCACCAGCCUAUUUCAGGACCAGCAGCUGUUGGAUCAACAAGCAUCAGGCCAGUCACGGAUGAGAGCCCUCCUGUAGAGAUCAACCACCACCAGCCAGCUGUCUGCUCAUCCAUAAAAGCCUUGGAGAGGUUUGGGCUGACAAACACUGCUUGGCCCCUGACUGCCAGGGCCAUGCUACAGUCGUUGCCAGACAGACCCACUGCUGCAACAGCAUCUCAGAACAAAAGUCCCUGGUCGUAG